CGGUAGCGUGGUAACACUGAUUCGGAACUUCUCUUUUUCAAUCGUCUAAUCGAGCGUGUACGUUGCUGUGAUAAACAAAAUUGUAAAUCGCAGUCAUGGUGCGUAUGAACGUUCUUAGCGAUGCUCUCAAAUCCAUUAAUAACGCUGAGAAGCGUGGAAAGAGACAGGUACUCUUGAGACCAUGUUCAAAAGUGAUCAUUAAGUUUCUAACUGUUAUGAUGAGAAAAGGAUACAUCGGAGAGUUCGAAAUCGUCGAUGACCAUCGCAGCGGCAAAGUUGUAGUAAAUCUUAGCGGAAGGUUAAACAAAUGCGGUGUUAUUUCCCCUAGAUUUGAUGUUCCAAUUAACGAUAUCGAAAAGUGGACAAACAAUCUUUUGCCGUCUCGUCAGUUCGGAUACGUCGUCUUAACCACAAGUGGAGGAAUUAUGGAUCACGAAGAAGCCAGGAGGAAACAUCUUGGAGGGAAAAUACUUGGAUUUUUCUUUUAAUUUUUAUUUAAUUCAAUAAAAAUUUCUUAACAUCAUAA